UUCUCCUCAUCUGAGGACCUUUGCUUCAGGCAGUCCCUUUGAUUGAUUCCAAGGACAGGUUUCCAUUUAUGGAAAGUGGCAGGGCUAGUUUUCUGUGGCCCCCCUCCCCCCCCCAGGAUGGGAGCAGAAGAUUCCCAUUAAACCUGAAAAGCAUUUUAAGAACAUGUUUAUACAAUAGAGAAAUGUUUUCAUAGAAAUGCCUGCCUCAGUUGUGCAUGUAAACUGUAGUCCCGGGUCUCUAGAAUAAGGCACCUGCUGCCGUGCUGGCGCUGCCAUAUUGCUGGAGGGUUUGCAAAGCAUUUUAUGAAUAUGAUCUCGUUUGAUCCCUGGGAAGCAGGUGCUUUUAUGGCCCCCAUGUUGCAGAUUAAGGCCCAGAUGGGUUAAGUGGCUCACCCUGGGUCACCCAGCUGGGAAGUAUCUGAGGCUGAAUUUGAACUCAGGGCUUCUUGACAAGAGGUGGUGCCCCUUCACUGACCUAAGUACUGUUCCUCUUAAGGUUACCUUGCCCGUGAACCCCUACGCUGCUGCACUUCAGUAGCCAAGGUGAGCCAAGGUGGCCGUCAUAGGGAGAGCAUUUGGGGAUGGAACUUCUAAGGGCUGCUGUGGAGAGCUCUCCUUGAGAAUUACUAGAUUUUGCACCUGGGUUAUCUUCUUGGACAAAGAGGCUUCCCUUUGCAGGGUGGGAGCAGAAUCCCGAGGCUCCGAAUAUAGCGACCGGCUAUCUGGAAGAGGAUGGGAAGAGUGCAAAGACUGACCGACCUCAGAGAGGAGGUGGUGGGUUUCCCUGGAGGAUCAAGCUGCUUGAGCUGCUCUGUUUUGGGACCAGGCUUUGAACACCGAGACCGUGGAGGGAGGAGGAAGGAUGCAGACAAUCAAGUGUGUGGUGGUUGGGGAUGGGGCUGUGGGCAAGACGUGCCUUCUUAUUAGCUACACGACCAACGCCUUUCCCGAGGAGUACAUCCCCACCGUCUUCGACAAUUACAGUGCCCAGAUGUCCGUGGACGGCCGGACGGUCAGCCUGAAUCUGUGGGACACGGCCGGCCAAGAGGAGUACGACCGGCUCCGGACCCUGUCCUACCCUCAGACCAAUGUCUUUGUCAUCUGCUUCUCCAUUGGCAGCCCUUCCUCCUAUGCCAAUGUGCGGCACAAGUGGCAUCCGGAGGUCUCCCAUCAUUGCCCCAAUGUGCCUAUCCUGCUUGUGGGCACCAAAAAGGACCUGCGAAAUGACCUCGCGACCUUGAAGAGACUGAAGGAGCAGAGCCUGUCGCCUACUACUCCUCAGCAAGGGACCUCCCUGGCCAAGCAAGUGGGCGCUGUUAAGUAUCUCGAGUGCUCGGCCCUGAUGCAGGAUGGGGUCGGUGAGGUGUUCGCGGAGGCUGUGAGAGCUGUGCUAUACCCGGUCACCAAGAAGAACACAAAGAAAUGCAUCCUCUUGUAGCUCCAGCAACAGCGCCUGGGCACCAGUGGCCAGCCGGCGCCGUGGGCCUCCUCUGCCGGGAACCCUUCUGUCGCCCCCAGUCCUGAGGGUAUUUGGGACUGGGCCUGAUGAGGAAGUGGGGAACAGGGCUGGGCGGGACUGCCUGCUCCUUGGUGCUGAGCAUUGGGCUUUGUGGGGCAGGUGUGGUUGCAUGAAGUUGUUGCCUUAAGUUUUUCUUUUCUUUCUUUGGAUGUACCAAUUUUGGAAAGUUUGUUUGUUUCUUGUUUGUUUCCCAGAUGUUCCUUACGCUUAGCCCUGUCCCUCUCCUGCCUGUGCCCUUCCCACCUCUCUCCCAAGAUGAGGUGUUUACUUCGGCAAGGUCUAUGAGAAACGGGGGGCCUCCUAGUGAGGCCAGCGGGGCGGAAGGAGCUGGGGGCCUCUUGGAUCUCCCUUGGUUUCCCACCGAGCCUUCCUUGGCCCCGGGCCUCAGGUGACAUGGCCCCGAUGAAAUGCUUCAUAAAUGCAAAGAUUAAUGGAGGCCAUGGUGCUUUGGGGAUAGGCUCUGGUGGCAGUGCAGGCCUCGUGGUAUCCUCCAUUUCAUUACUCUUUUCUACCCAGAAAGGGAAACCACAUGACACAGGACAGACUUUAGCAUCCUUCUUACCACUAACAUUAAGGAGAUUCUUUGUCUCUUCUUCAGGGCUGAACUCGGAGACUCCUUGAUUGGUGGGACAGUUUUCUUAUCUCUAUGCCUGCCCUGUGAGGCUUAGGGCUUUUUAGGAGCUCGAGGCUGGGGUUGUGUCCGUCCUUCCCCUGUUUUUCCCCCCCUUCACCCCCAUUCCCUCCCCGAUUGAGGGACCUCCCCCUCUUGAUUGGCCCAAACAAUUCAGCUAUUCCUCCAUUCUCUCCAUCUGAGUUUAUGGGAUUUUGUGAUUCCCCAGAAGGAAAAAGAAAACCCCUCUACUCUUGAUUUGGGAGGGACAGCCAGAUGUAGCACUGACUUCCCCACAUACCCCACUUUUAAAAAUUAUACUGAGGCUGGUGGGAAUCUGGGAAAUGGUAUUAAAUGGAUCUCUUGUGUCUCCUUUCCUCUUCCUUCAGUGAAUAAGAUGUGCCUUUUGUGAUCUCAACAUUCCCAAUCCUAGAUGGUGGAUUUUGGCCUGGGUAUAUUUAGAGGGAGCCUUCUAGAGGACUAGGAACUCUGGGUAGAAGCAAAUAUUAGGGCUUGGUGUAGGGAAUCUGCACCAUCCUUUCCUCUUCACCCUAAACUAAUUUCUCCUCUUUAUCAUGUGCCAUAAGAUCAGGAGAUGAAACUCAUCAGGCUUCAUAGACACUUUAUCCCCAGCUGCAGACAAGUGCUUACUGGUGCUUCCAUAUAGCUCGGCACCAUUGGACUGAACCCAGGAAAGAAAGGCCCAGAAAAUAUCCUACUGUCCAUGUAUCAGCUUCUAACUGCCAUUUUCAUGCCAUAUCUAUUUCCCCAUGUGUCAAGCACGGUGGUCGUAGCCCAAGGGGUGGGGGGAAGGCUGCCUCUCUUGGUAGAGGCAGCAUCUUAACUAACAUACAUUAGCACUUUGGGGGGAAAAAAAGCCCUGCUUUAAUGAGGGGAGUGUGUGGUCCUCAAGAGCCAGCCACUUCAGGGCCUAUGAUACCAGUUGUUCGGAUGUUUGCCCACCAUCGGCCAGAUGAGAUCUCAGAGGUGCAUUAUGGCUAUCCCGAUGGCUCAAGCUCGUGGUACUCUUUGAGGGCUUUGUCACGGUCUCCAAAUUGCCCAAUCGUUAGCAAAUUCAUCAAAUUGAAAAACUGGCAAUUCAAUUUUAUUUGCAGUUCCAAAUUCUCUCCCCCAUUGAGAAGGCAAGGAAAAUAGAACCCAUUACAAACAUGUCUAGGCAGACAAAACACCUUUCCACUGUAGCCAGGCUCUCCUCCCAUGCCUCCCCCCCCCCCCCCCCCCC